CCCACUCUCCGUCACGGAACUGUCUUUCAUUUUUGUAUAUCAAGAAAAACCCCUACCAUCAUUAUCAUGGACCACGACUCUCACUAUCAGGACGGCGUCGACGCCGAACGGUUGAGGAUGAACGCGUUCAGCUUUGGCAAACCAGUGUCGCCUUCGGGCGUGAAUCCUUCAGCCCGCCAUUCACGCUCACACUCCCGCAACAGCUCAGUUUCCGUACCUCUCUCCCUUCCCACACCUGUUUCCACAUCAUCUGUGCAUGACUCGCCACCUCAGUCACCCACUCGUAACUCUAUCAGCGGCGCAAAGCGCAACUCUCACCACCGUCGCCGCUCGUCGGUGUCGACUCGACGGGAGUCGGCUGAUCUGAUGGGCAUUUCCCUCCCCAGCAUUCCCAUAUCCAGCUCAGAGGAUAACAUCAACCUUGGGGACAAGGACUCGAUCCGUCGGCGUGCUCUGUGGGCGUUGGAAGGCAAGGAUGCAGGCGGGAAUUUUUCGGUGGAGAUCCCAGAGCUCGACGCACCUGAAGUUCCCAAGCGAAACUUUGAAUUCCCUACGAAGCCGUCCUUCCCUCCUGGCAUAGGAGCUGGAUUCAGUGGAGGACUCAACACCCUGAUUAGCAACAAGCGCGAUUCUGUCAAGUUCAUGGCGUCUAGUCCUUCGAGCGAGAUGCUCGGUACUCUCAUUGAGGAGGAAGAGGAGGAGGAAGAAGAGGGCAAGGACAUCACUUCCAGUCCAGCGAAAGAUGUCUCCGUCCCGGUCACAGCGACGACGGCAUCCCCUGCCCCCAUCCGCCCUCGGCCGGCGAGUUUGAAUUUGCGUCCCCUUUCGCUCGCCUUGAACACAUCUAUCCAGGCGGAUAUCCCCACGCCUACGCUGACGCCCAGUCCCCGUCCGGGCCUGAAGUCGUUGACUCUGACUUCCUCCCCGAGCUCGACGCUCAGCAGCAACGUUGCAAUGAACAAGCGCCAAUCCCUCAUCAUGUCCUCGUCACCGACGCAUACCCAAGUCGCGGUCAACCGCCGCCCUUCGCUAAACCUCAUGACGGAGAAUAGUGUGACUGCAUCGCCCCCUGCCCGCCGGAGCAGCAUCUCGUACGUGUCUAAUAGCGACGCUCAGACGGUGUCAGUAUACGGCCUCCCUACGCCCGAGAUGACCCCCACGUCGAGCACCCUCGACAGGCGCCGAUCUACGUCCGUCUCCACCUCUGGAAGCAUGGACCUGGGCAAACUUAACAUGCAGCGUGGCCGCCCUCUGUCUAUGAGCGAGCAGCAUUUUUUAUUCCAGGCGCACGAGACCCUCGUCCAGCGCAUCACAGAUCUAGAGCGCGCUCUCGCACGCUCGUCUAGGUCGCGCCCUGUCUCGUGCGCCUCGGAUGUCUCUUGGGCGUCAUCCUCUGCACCCUCUGAGCCGUCGGACGAAUUGCUGCAGCUCAUCGCUGACCUCAAGGCCGAGCGCGACGAGCUCAAGAAGGACGUCGAUGGGUGGCGUACGCGCGUCGCCGACCUCCAACACCAGAUUGAUAUCCACGCCAAGCGUCUCGAGGUCGAGCGCCGCGAUGCCUGGGUCGCCAGACAGCGCGUUGGCCUCCUUGAGGUCGAAAAAUCUGGCCUUGAGAGGUCCCUUGCGGACAAGACCACCCAGGCAGACGAUGCGCUUGCGCGCUCCGAGGCCCUGAACCUCAGCCUGCAGUCCUCUCAGGAUGAGGUAAAGACCCUCAAGGCUGAGGUUGAGCGCCUGCGGGACGUCGACGACGAAUGCGCACGCCUUCGGGCUGAACUCCUCCAAGAGAGGAAGAAGCGCGAGGAGAUGGAGCGCGACCUCGAGCAUGCCGGCCUUCUUGAUACCCCGCGGCCUUUCAACGCUGCCGCCAACGGUAUCCCUAUGUCCCGGACGAUGGUGCACGCCAAGCGCGGCCUCGGCUUCCGCUCGAUCGAUUCGGAGAGCUCCUGUACGGACGUCGAGUCCGUCGAUGACGAUCAUCAGCCCGCGCUCAAGGCUGUUCAGGAGGUCGACGAGGAUGACGAUGACACGACUAGUGACGACGAAGAUGACGGGUUAGCCGGUUAUGAGGACGAAGAGGAUGGCGACGAGUACGCGUUCCCUACCUCCACGUCGUAUGAGUCGGUCAUGGAGUACUCUCGCGCCGCGACGCCCCGUCUCUCGACGGACUCCGCCGACUCGGCGCCUUCGCUGUGCACGAGUCCUUCGCCCUCCGUGUCACCCUCUCCCCUCCCGUCUCCCGCGGAGCCGACGCACGUUCAGGACCACGCGCGCCAUAAGUCGCUGUCGAAGGCGUGGACGUUCCCGUCCGGCCCUGCUUCAGUCCCUGCUGCGCCCCGCCCUAGCGAAGACAUCGAUCGCUUCUUCGGGUGCCUAGAGGAUGUAGAUAACUCGCCUCCGCUCGACUCGAGGCUGCACUCUGUUGAGAGCAACAAGAGCCUAUUCGCUCAGGCACUUGCCGAGUGCGACGACGACCUCCCUCCAUUCGUCCUUCCCGCGGACGUCGGCGAUGUCGUCCUUUCCCCUGAGGUCGAGUCGCCGCAGCGCUCGCUCGAUAUCGUCUUCGAGGAAGAGGAGGAGGAGGAGGAAGAAGAAGAAGAAGAGGGAGCCGUGCGAGAGGACGAUAGCUAUCAAUCUGAUGAUGAGGAAUUUGUGGGCGAAGUUGAUGAGGGCGGGAUCAAGUUCACCUUCAACCCGCCUCCUUCCUACGUCUUCGAGGGCGAAGCCGAUACGAGCUCCUCGGACCUCUCCAUGACCACCACGUCCUCGGCGUCCGAAUCUGUCAACGACUCUUCAAGCUUCUUCGAGUUCGCUGACGAAAACGAGGAUGACGCCAGCUUUACGCUGCCUCAGCUCAAGUCCCAGCGUAGCAGCCCCUCACCGUCUGCCAUCCCUCGUCUGCGUUCUUCCUCACCGUCGAUGAUUCCUCUUCCUGUCUCUUCGCCUACGGUUCCAAAAGUUGCAGCGCCUGUCCCUCGUCGUGCGGUCCCGUCACCUACAGUGUUCUCCACGCCCCCGCUCAAGCGUUCCGCAACUGCCCCCACCUUCAUUCCUCAGCCCCGCGGCUCGCCUUCCACACCGUCCAAGGUAGCGUCGAUGAUCCCGCAGCCCCAGCGCGCGUCCACCUCCCCGAAACCGAGUGCUAUCCCUGUCAUGACCUCCCCUGUGCCCAGUAGGCUCCCAUACAGCACUUCUUUCUCGAGUAUGUGUGUAUCUAAUCUCCCCGUGCGUUCUGCUGUUUACAGCCGGAGUGGCUUCUAGGUCACCCUCAGUCACGCCCCAUCCCCCUUCCACGGCUCCGGAUAUGAAAACCUCGUAUGCCUCCACUCGAU